UCUACACAGAACCCUUGCCCUGCAUCUGAAACCCUCCCCUUGCAUUUGAUUUCGCCUCCUCCUUCUCCCUUUCACAGUUUUUCCCAAAUAUUCUCUAAAAUGGGAGAGGAAAAACCAAAGCCAAUCGCCGGCGUUUGGCCCACCGUUAAACCAUUCGUCAAUGGCGGAGCUUCUGGAAUGCUUGCUACCUGUGUCAUCCAACCCAUCGAUAUGAUAAAGGUGAGAAUCCAAUUGGGUCAAGGAUCUGCUGUAUCAGUGACAAAGAACAUGCUUAAAAAUGAUGGUGUUGGUGCUUUUUACAAGGGUUUGUCUGCAGGGUUACUAAGGCAAGCCACAUACACAACUGCAAGACUUGGUACAUUCAGGAUUCUGACAAACAAGGCACUUGAGGCAAACGAAGGAAAGCCACUUCCUUUAUACCAAAAAGCCUUAUGUGGACUGACAGCUGGCGCGAUUGGAGCAUGUGUAGGGAGCCCAGCUGACCUGGCACUGAUCCGAAUGCAGGCUGAUGCUACUCUACCCCUUGCACAAAGGCGUAAUUACACAAACGCCUUUCAUGCUUUAUACAGAAUCACAGCAGAUGAAGGAGUUUUAGCUCUUUGGAAAGGUGCGGGUCCCACUGUUGUAAGGGCAAUGGCAUUGAACAUGGGAAUGCUUGCUUCUUAUGAUCAAAGUGUUGAGUUUUUCAAAGAUAAUCUUGGAUUUGGUGAAGGUGCCACAAUUCUAGGGGCUAGUUCUGUAUCAGGGUUUUUUGCUGCAGCUUGUAGUUUGCCUUUUGAUUAUGUGAAAACUCAAAUUCAGAAAAUGCAGCCUAAUGCAGAAGGGAAAUACCCUUAUACUGGAUCUUUAGAUUGUGCUAUGAAAACCCUAAAAGCUGGAGGACCUUUCAAAUUCUACACUGGAUUUCCUGUUUAUUGUGUUAGGAUUGCUCCUCAUGUUAUGAUGACAUGGAUUUUCCUAAAUCAAAUUCAAAAACUAGAAAAGAAAGCUGGAUUAUAAAUAUUUAUAAUCGAUGAAGUGAAAGCUCUCUAUAUCCGAAAUAACAGUGUUGUACUCGUUACAGGGUUUUUUUUUUUUUUUUUCGCUGCUCAAUUAGCAUUGCUAAGUAUUAUUAAAUCAGAAAUAUUUCUAUUUCCUAAUUAUUAUAAAAUCAUUAAUGUUGUACUUCCUUUAUAAUAAUCACAAACUUUUAGGCUAGGAUUAAUUUCA